AAAACACUAAGACGAAUACAUGCAAUGCUAAAUACAACACUCAUAAAUAGAAAGCAAGCCUUAAAAGUUGUCAAGGAGCUUGAUGCUUUUCCUAAAGUACCUGAUGGCUAUCAAGAAACUUCUGCUACAGGGGGAGGAUUGUCUAUUGUAACGUUUAUUCUAAUUGGCCUGCUUAUUAUAUCAGAAGUCAGUUACUAUACUGAUACAGAGAUGAAGUUUGAAUAUGUUGUGGAUUCCAAUUAUUCUGGGAAAGUAAAGCUGAAUAUAGAUAUGACAGUGGCCAUGAAAUGUCAUCAUGUUGGAGCUGAUGUACUAGACCAAACUGGACAAGAUGUUCUUGGUUUUGGUCAUCUUCAAGAAGAGCCAGUAUUUUGGGAGUUAAGUGAGGAUCAACAAAACUACCAACGUUUUGUUCAAGAAAUUAAUGAUUAUUUCUCCAAAGAAUAUCAUGCUAUCCAAGAGAUUUUGUGGAAGGGAAAUGGCAUCCCAACUUUUAGUAAUAGUAUUCCAAAAAGUGGUUUAAGACAGGGACCUGAUCAUCCAGGGCAACAUGAUGCAUGCCGGAUUCAUGGCUCACUGGAGGUCAACAAAGUUGCUGGCAAUUUUCAUAUCACUGCUGGCAAGUCUGUGCCUGUCAUUCCAAGAGGACAUGCACACCUCGCUAUGAUGAUGGACACACAAGAUUACAACUUCAGCCACAGAAUUGAUCAUUUUUCAUUUGGGAGUCCUGUAAAUGGCAUAAUAUUUCCUCUAGAUGGUUCUGAAAUAACUACCUCCUAUAAUUAUCACUCUUUUCAAUACUUUAUGCAAGUAGUUCCAACUGAAGUUCGUACAUACAAAGCUAAUAUGGACACUUAUCAGUUUGCAGUAACUGAUAAUAAUCGACCUAUCAACCAUAACGAGGGUAGUCAUGGGGUUCCUGGAAUCUUUGUUAAGUAUGAUCUUUCUCCACUUUUGAUACGUGUCAAAGAAGUGCACAGACCACUCUGGCUGUUUCUGGUCGAGUUAUGUGGCAUUAUUGGAGGAAUCUUCUCUGCUUCUGGUAUAAUAAAUGGCAUUGUAGGUUUUAUUGCUGAUAUUGUAUGCUGUAGACUCAAUUGGGGACAAAAAAAGAGUGGUAUCACAGAUAACCAGCAAUCAGUAUCUUCUGCAUCAACUUUGAUUGGCCCUAAUUUUGAUUCUAACCUUUUAAAUGACAGUAGUUUGUUUAAUUCUCUGAGCAAAAUUGAUAAUGUGCAUUAAGAGAAUAAAUUCUAUAUAUAAAAAUAAAUGUAAUUUUUAAAUUGUUGUUUGUAGAUUUUUUUUUCUGUUUGAAAAACUAUUGAUAUUAUGCUUGUUAAAAUAAAGGACUGUUUUAAUGGUUUUAUUAAGUUUUACUAAACAAGGGAUUAUUAAACUCUAGAGAAAAUGUUA